AUGGCGACUACUGCUUCGUCGCGGGUAGACGAACUCGUACAGACUGUCACCCUUCAUAAUCCUCGAAAAUUGCUAUUCACGGGAUAUAUUUUACCCUCUGUGAUAUUACACGCUGCGUGGAUUUAUAGUUGGAUAUUUAUUUAUGGGAUUGAUGAAUACUAUGACGCGGGCCUAGUGGGCAUCGCGGCUAUUGGUGUCUUACAAAUUUUUAUAUGUUUGUGUUGCCAAUGGUCGGUGCAUAUACAUACUUUUCUCAAUUGUAGUUCGGAAAAAGACCCUUACAAAGCAAAAAUAGCAAAAGUAAUUCCAACUCCUAACAAUGGAAGUUCAGAACUUGUUAAGUUACACCAUUCCAAUGAACAGGAACCAUGGUUCAUAUUUCAAAAAACUAAAUACCUUUGGAAUCCAAAUAAAAAAUGUUUUGAAGGCCUUCAAUAUCCAAUUAAUCAUUCUGUUAAACAUUAUUGUGAAUGGAAAGGAUACUUGGAUGAAAAAGAUAUUGCCAUAGCAGAGGAGAAAUACAGCAAGAACAAGUUGGAUAUGGUAGUACCAGAAUUUAAGGAGUUAUUUAAAGAAAGAGCAAUUGCACCAUUCUUUGUUUUUCAAGUAUUUUGUGUCGCAUUAUGGUGCUUAGACAAAUAUUGGUAUUACAGUAUCUUUACUCUUAUUAUGCUCAUCAUGUUUGAGUGUACAUUGGUACAACAACAACUUAGAAAUAUGGCUGAGAUCAGAAAAAUGGGAAAUAAGCCAUAUAUGAUAAUGGUCUAUAGGAACAGAAGAUGGCGUUCUAUGUUCACUGAUCAGCUACUUCCUGGUGACAUUGUAUCAAUAACAAGAUCUCAAAAUGAUAAUUUGGUGCCAUGUGAUAUGUUACUUUUAAGAGGACCUUGUGUGGUUGAUGAGAGCAUGUUAACAGGAGAAUCAGUUCCACAAAUGAAGGAACCUAUAGAAGAUAUUGAUGGAAAUAGGCAACUGGAUAUAGAAGGCAGUGAUAAACUUCAUGUACUUUUUGGAGGCACGAAAGUUGUGCAACAUACUCCACCUAGUAAAAAUCUAUCUGGCCUUAAGGCGACUGACAAUGGCUGUGUAGCCUACGUUUUACGUACAGGAUUUUCAACAUCACAAGGCAAACUUUUGAGGACAAUACUCUUUGGGGUUAAACGCGUUACAGCUAACAAUUUGGAAACAUUCGGUUUUAUCUUAUUUUUACUAGUAUUCGCGAUUGCAGCUGCAACAUAUGUAUGGAUUAAAGGAAGUGAGGAUCCUACAAGAAACAGAUAUAAAUUAUUCUUGGAAUGUACACUUAUUUUAACAUCUGUUGUUCCACCGGAACUGCCAAUCGAGUUAUCAUUGGCUGUCAAUACAUCCCUGUUAGCUCUAUCAAAGCUAGGUGUAUUUUGUACCGAACCUUUCAGAAUUCCAUUUGCCGGAAAGGUUGAAAUUUGCUGCUUCGAUAAAACUGGUACUUUAACCAGCGAUAACUUGAUUGUUGAGGGUCUAGCGGGUAUCGAAGGAAAAGCAGAUGUGAUGCAACUAUCUGAUGCUCCUUUAGAAAGUAUUCAAGUACUUGCAACGUGCCAUUCACUUGUACAGUUAGAUGAUGAAAUUGUUGGAGAUCCGCUUGAAAAAGCUACGUUAAAAGCUAUCAAUUGGAGUCUUACAAAAAAUGAUUCUAUGAUACCUAGAAAAGGACAAUCUCCCGUUUUAAAAAUAGUGCAGCGACAUCACUUUUCCUCGGCGUUAAAACGAAUGUCGGUUGUGGCUAGUUAUACGAUGCCAGGUUCGUCAGAAAUCAAUUACAUGACCACUGUAAAAGGCGCUCCUGAAAUCAUUAAGGAUAUGUUAUCAUCUGUACCCGAGAAUUACGACUCUACCUAUUUAUCGCUUUCCCGACGUGGAGCAAGAGUAUUAGCUCUAGGAUAUCGAAAACUUCCUGGUCCUUUAUCGUCCCAGGACCUACGAGAAUUAACACGAGAUCGUUUAGAAAAAAAUUUGACCUUCGCUGGAUUUGUAAUUAUAAGCUGCCCGCUUAAACCUGAUUCUAAGGCGGUUAUUAAGGAAAUCGUGAAUGCGUCACAUUCAGUUGUUAUGAUUACUGGCGACAAUCCCCUGACAGCUUGUCAUGUUAGCCGUGAAUUACAUUUUACUAAAAAACCAGUUACGCUUAUAUUGACUACUUAUGAUGGAGAAUGGUUGUGGGAAAGCGUGGAUAAAAAGAUAAAUUUACCUUUAAAUAAGACGGAUGUUACUUCUCGGGGUAAUGAGAUUUGGCGAAAAUAUGCUCUAUGUUUAACCGGAGAGGGUUUAACAUACUUGAAUGAAAAUGAACACGAGCUUCUUCGUAAAUUACUACCGCACAUUGUUAUUUUUGCAAGGUGUGAACCAAAACAGAAAGAAUUUAUAAUUGUCCAAUUACAAAAUUUAGGGUAUACAACAUUAAUGUGCGGAGACGGUACUAACGAUGUUGGUGCUUUAAAACAUGCUCAAGUGGGUGUUGCAAUCCUUUCUAGUCCACCAGUUCUUUCUGAAAGAACAUUUUCAGAUAAGCAAGAUAGUAUGAAAACUGAAAAUAUGAUCUCAAACUCAAUGAUUAAUGGUUCAAGAAUGAAUACAAGAGGAUCCGCUAAUACUCGAGUAAGGCUACAGAAAGUAUUAAAGGAAUUGGAAGAACAAUCUGUUAUAGUUAAGUUGGGAGAUGCUUCAAUUGCAGCGCCGUUUACUAGUAAAAUGUCAUCGAUUCAAUGCAUUUGUCAUGUUAUUAAACAAGGACGUUGUACUUUAGUCACAACAUUACAGAUGUUUAAAAUUUUGGCGCUUAAUGCAUUAGCACUUGCAUACAGUCAGUCUGUCUUGUAUUUAGACGGAAUCAAAUUCAGCGAUGCACAAGCGACAUUGCAAGGUGUUCUUCUGGCUACUUGCUUCUUAUUCAUAUCAAGAUCAAAACCGCUAAAAACAUUGUCCAAACAAAGACCGCUUCCAAAUAUAUUUAAUUUGUAUACCAUAGCUACUGUAUUACUUCAGUUUGCUGUGCACUUUUUCUCUCUCGUAUAUCUGGUUAGAGAAGCUACAUUAUUGUCGCCAAAGAGCGAUAAAUUGGCAGCUAUACUAGCCCCAAGUAAUGCAUCCAAUCUAAACGUGACUGCAACUGUAAGCUCGAAUUUCGGUGAUGAAAGUGAACAAUUUGAACCAAAUUUAUUAAACAGUACAGUUUACAUUAUUGCUAUGGCACUCCAGCUUUCUACUUUUGCAAUUAAUUAUCGGGGUCAACCCUACAUGGAAAGUUUAGUACAAAAUAAAUCCUUAUUGUACAGCCUUAUAUGCAGUGCUGCUGUUAUAUUGGGAUUAGCUUGUGGUUUUUUACCUGAACUAGCAGCACAAUUUGAAAUUGUGGAUUUCCCAAGUGAUUUCCGAAAACUCUUAGUUCAAGUACUUGUAGCAGACUUUGUCCUCGCAUACGUAGUCGACAGAGUUUGCUUAUGGCUUUUUGGAGAAGGAAGACAUCAAAAACUGUGAUUAUUAUGUUGUUUCCAUAUUCCAUCAUUAAAUUUAGAAAUGUAUGAAACAUUCAAUAUAAAAGUUUGUUUUCUCGUAUCACAAAGAAUAGAUUGAUUAUGUGGUAUUAGUUGUAUAUCUUGUUUGAAUAUGUUAUAAUAUACUUCUAUGAAAUACAAUGUUUUUUAAAAGACUGACCAACAUGGCAUUGAGCGGAUACUUAAAGACAUUUAUUUCAUUCA